AUGGCAAACUGGUGGACCCGUGUUGAGUUAUUGAAAGGCGAACACGAAGGCUGCGCGGCCUCUCGCAUGUGGCGCUCGGCGUGCGCGACACUGCGCGCGGCGCACGCAGACCGCGGUUGGGCAGAAGUCUCGGCCGCCUCAGCGCCGGAUUCCGAGUGGCACUCGCUCACCAACUGCGUGGCCUACCAGGCCGGGGUCUGGCAAGGCCUGGUGCUCAAAGGGAUGGAGGACGCCACUCACCCGGCCGCCUUCCGCCUCGCAGUCGUGCUCCGGCACACGCCGCCCGAGCUGGCGCUCAAGCUGGUGGCAGACAAGUUGAGGACGCACCCGCAGGCGCAAGAGCUCACGUCGUACAUCGUCUCCCUCUUGACGGACGACUCCCCCUGGUGCGAGUGCAACGCAAACGACUCUCAGUACACCGCUCCUCUCAGAGACCUGCUGCUAUUCGGUGACUGCGAGACCGCAGUGCUGGCCGCGUCCCGAGAGGAGUACGAGGCUCACGCCAAGAGGCAGAGGGCCGCCUACAGCGCCAUGGCUCCUCGUCACUACGUGGAGCUCAGAAUCAAGAUCCUGAACCAGCUGAUCCAAGUGCCGAAGAUCUACCAGACCCCGGAAUUUGAAUGCUUCGAAAGCGCCGCGAGGGAAAACGUCGACAGAGAGAUAUGCACUCUUCGGGAACAUCUUCUCACCGGAAGACAUGACUAG